AUGGCGAGCGAAAAGACGCCCGUCGACGUUCAGCCUACCGACAGGCUGCAAACGAGCCUGGACGAAAAGGCGACGGAGAAGCCAGAGAUUGCCGCCAAGGAUGAUGCCGCAUCGACUGACACGGCCGAGAGAGUCAAGGGACACCCCGUCAUUCGAAAUGGCGAGGACGUCUCCAAAUACCUGGUCUCGGAUCGCGAUGAUGGCGACCCAGCACUGACGUUUCGCUCCAUCUUCCUCGGCACCGUCUUCACGGCCUUGUCCAGCGUCAUCACCAUGCUCUACGUCUUCAAGCCGACGCAGAUGCAAGUCUCUGCCGUCUUCCUCCAGCUCCUCAUCUUCCUCUUCGGCGAGGCCUGGGCCUACGGCACGCCCAACCCCUCACGCUUCCGCAGCCCUGCCGUCCAGCGCGUCCUCCGCUUCCUCAACUCCGGCCAGUCGUUCGGCAUCAAGGAGCACGUCGUCGCCUCGCUCAUCGCCUCCUCUGGCAACAAUGGCCUGUCCGGCGUCGAGAUCUACGCCGUCGAGCGACUCUUCUACGACCGCGCCGUCAGUGCCUCCACAGCUGUGCUUGCCACAUUCUCCAUCUCCCUCUGCGGUUUCGUCCUCGCCGGUGUACUGCGUCCGCUCAUCGUCUACCCGGCCGAGAUGGUCUACUGGACCACCCUUCCGCAGGUCGUACUCUUCCAGAACCUGCACUUUGACCGCGCCGCCAACCGCGCCCGCCUCGCCAAGUUCUGCUGGGCCCUCGGCCUCGCCGCCGUCUGGGAGAUUUUCCCCGCCUAUAUCAUGACUUGGCUCGGCGGCAUCUCCAUCUUCUGCCUGGCCUCGAUGGGUGCGCCCGAGCAGACGCGCACAACCUUCGGCCGCAUCUUCGGCGGCGCCUCGUCGAACGAGGGGCUUGGCCUCCUCAACUUCAGCCUCGAUUGGCAGUACAUCCAGAGCACGUACCUGUCGCUGCCGCUCAAGCAGCAGCUCAACACCUGGAUCGGCUACGCCAUCUGGUACGUCGUGGUGCCCGUGCUCUGGUACCGCAACGUCUGGGACGCGAAAAAGUUCCCCUUCAUGUCCACCUCGCUCUUCUCCAGCAACGGCACGCGCUUCGUCACCACCUCGAUCCUCAACGACCGCGGCACCAUCGACUACGACAAGCUCGCCCGCGUCGGCGUCCCCCAGCUCACCUCCACCACCGCCUGGGGCUACCUGACCGCCAGCCUCGCCAUGGGCGCGCUGAUCACGCACGUCAUCCUCUUCUACGGCCCGGGCAUGGUCCAAGCGUGGAAGCAGGCCCGCGCGCGCACGCAGCCCGACAUCCACUACCAAAAGAUGCUCAAGUACAAGGAGGUCCCGAUGUGGUGGUACCUCGCGCUUUUCGUGCUCACCUUCAUCGCCGGCCUCGUCGUCAACAUCCGGGGCGACACGACGCUGCCCGUCUGGGGCUACAUCAUCUCGCUGCUCCUCGGCGCCGUCAUCGCGCCCUUCUCGUGCAUCCUCUACGGCCUGUACGGCACCGGCAUCGGCACCAACCAAAUCUCCAAGAUGGUCGCCGGCGCGACGCACCCGGGCCGCCCGCUCGCCAACCUCUACUUCGCCAGCUGGUCGCACCAAGUGAUCCUGCUCGCCGUCAACCUCGCCAACUGGCUCAAGGUCGGCCAGUACACCAAGGUGCCGCACCGCGUCAUGUUCUUCACCCAGAUCUACGGCACCCUGCUCGGCGCCGGCCUCAACUACGCCGUCAUGACCUCCAUCGUCUCCGCCCAGCGCGAGGUCCUCCUCGACCCCCUCGGCACCAACGUCUGGAGCGGCUCCACCAUGCAGAGCCUCAACGCCCAGGCCAUCACCUGGGCGCUCGCCACCGAGAUGUACGGCCGCCACGGCCGUUACUUCGUCGUCCCGCUCGGCCUGCUCAUCGGCGCCGUCUUCCCCGUCGUCCACUGGGCGCUCUGCCGCGCGUACCCGCGCAUCCGCAAGUGGCCCAUCAACACCACGUUCAUCCUGCAGUACAUGGGCACCACCUACUUUGGCAACACCUCCUGGCUGUGGUCCUCUUUCGCCGUCGGCGCCUUCUCCCAGCUCUGGCUGCGGAAGCGCUACCCGCGCAUCUACAACGAGUACAACUACCUCAUCGGCGCGGCGCUCGACGGCGGCUCGCAGAUUGUCAUCUUUAUCCUGUCCUUUGCCGUCUUCGGCGCGAGCGGCCAGUCGCACCCUUUCCCGACGUGGUGGGGCAAUCCGGCGGGCAACCCGGACCACUGCAUAUAA